AUGCAGGUGCCAGACCACCGGCGCUACGCAAGGGGCGGCAGCUUCUGGGUCCUCCAAUGGCUGGAGGCGGAGGGCGGCCUUGCGCUUUCCCCGCUCCUGGCGUCCCUGCGCCUGGCUCUCAGCCUCGCGGACGGCGAGGGACAGGCGUCGAACGCGUUCCUCGCCUUCGACGUCGUCGGGGAGUGGCUGGACACCACACGGGGCCUGCGGGGCCUGCAGGGCCUGUUCAUGGCCCGCGCGUUGCUGGCGGAGAAUCUGUGUAUCGCCUUGUCUUCCUCCUCUUCGGAGGUGGGAGUGCUGAGUGGCGUUUGCGCAGCGCCGCCCAGUGAUGCUGACGGCUGCCGUCCCGGCGCUGCCAAGGCCUUGCUCGAGCUGGGCGGCGCGGAAUCCGCCCCAAUGCUUGCGAUCGCGGCGGAAAUGAUGCGAGGCUGCGCCCAGGCUCCGGGCGCCGCAGCUUGGAGGGCCUUCUGGCACCGCCUGGCGAGAUCCGAGCGCUGCGUGGGCUCAGUGACCGCCAGCCGCCGCGGGGAGUGGCAGCUCUGCGAAGCGCUGCCACGCGCGGAAAGCCGCGACGUGGAGAUCCACGUGUUGGGCGCCAGCGCCGACUUCGCCAACGGCUGCCUCUUCGUGGAGGUGGUGAUGCACGUCGCCGCCAAGGACGGAUGCUACGUCACGCAGGCCGGCAGCAACCUCCGCACCCUGCCGCAGAGCUUCACGCGCAUUUGGUAUGGCAAGCUGGGCGAGGGGCCUCCGGUGACAUGUGCCGCCGCCUCGGCCUUUGGCACUGACGUGGUGGUCCACUGCAGCUUUGCGGACUUCGGGGAGGAGAGAGUCUUGUACCUGGAAGCAGGCGACUGGCAAGGUUUGGCGAUCCCCCUUUGCCGGCCGAUUGCUUUGGAGCGGCGGCGCCUUACGGUGUGCAGCGGCGUGAUGUUCAACGCAGGCCAGGAGAUCCCAGGGCUCUUUCCACCUUUGCUGGAGCAGUGGCUCGCUUACCACGAGGAGCUGGGCGUGGACCACUUCGCGCUUUACGACUCGGACGGCUCCGCACACUUCGCGGCCCGGCCGCGGCAACAGAGGGGCCAGGUCUCCUACUUCCCCAAUUGGCCCCAGUCCCUCUCUGCGAAGUUGGGCGCUAUCAGUCGCCAGAGCCACUGCCGGCACUGCCUUUCUGCCCUGGCAGAGGCGCACUGUCUUUGGAGUCAGCGCGGUCGCUCUGAUUGGGUUCUCACGCUCCACAGCUUCGACGCUUUCCUCGCCCCAGCCCGAAGUUUGCAUCUGGACCUGGCGCCACUGCGCGAUAUCGCUGAUGUGGGCACCGUGCCGUUGGCUAUGGUGGACUUUGGGGGCGCUCCUCAAAACUCUUCCUGGCUGAUUGAACGCUUUCAACUCCGCGCGGCGCAGCGGGUCCUGGUGCUCGCGGACAUCGGCCGCGGCAACCCCCGGGAGGACUGCUGGCUCAAUCACCCGGGCUCCACCCUCAAGAACCCAGAGAGGGUUUGGGGUGUUUACGACCACUACGCGCGCUCAGUGCCGGGCAGCGUGGAUGUUGAGAAUGCGCAGCUCCGGGUGAACCACUACGUGGACAUUUUCGGGGAGCGCUGCUCGAGCCGCUUCCUCCAUUGUGAGGUACCUGACACGGAGAUGCUGUGGAUAUUACCGAAGCUUCGAGCCAAGUACGGCAAGUGA